GUUGACAUCUUCCGGUGAAGACAGGCGCAAACGCGUGGAAACCGGUGGAAACUGCUGGAAGUCUGAAGAGCUAUCAAGUCGUUAAGAUUCUGUUUGGCUUUUGCCAGCUUGCUACUUUUCUUAUUUUAAUUACAGGUUUAUCGUACUUUUUACCUUUAGUAUAGAUAACUAUUACAAUAAUGUCAGUUAUAGGCGAGGAGAAUGUGCGAGGUGGUGCUGUUUUCAGAGACAUCAACGCUGAUGACGAAGACUCACAGCCCACUGAAAUCGAGUCUCUGUGCAUGAAUUGUUAUAAAAACGGAACAACACGUCUGCUUCUGACGAAGAUUCCUUUCUUCAAAGAAAUCAUCAUCAGUUCCUUCUCCUGUCCAAAUUGUAACUGGUCCAACACUGAAAUCCAAUCUGCAGGUCGCAUUCAGGACCAAGGCAUUACUUAUACACUCAAAAUCAAGUCUAAACAGGAUAUGAACCGGGAAGUGGUGAAGUCAGACAGUGCAACCACUAGAAUCCCAGAAUUGGAUUUUGAAAUUCCUCCAUACACUCAAAAAGGAGCUCUCAGCACCAUUGAAGGCCUCUUAGACCGAGCUGUUGCAGGGUUGGAGCAAGACCAACCACUUAGAAGGGUAUCUGCCCCUGAAGCUGCAGAGAAAAUUGAAGAGUUUAUUGAAAAACUCAAGAAGUUGAAAGAUGUUGAAAGUGAAUUCACACUGGUUGUUGAUGAUCCAUCUGGAAACAGCUUUGUGGAAAACCCCAUGGCUCCUCAGAAGGACGAGGCUCUAACAGUCACCCACUACAACAGGACUGACCAACAAGAUAUCACAUUGGGUUUGAAGGCUGAAGAGGAGGAAGAGGAGGAAAAGCCUGGGAAUGAUUUGGACAGUAUGAGAAAUGAGGUUUUAAGGUUUAAUACCAACUGCCCAGGAUGCAAUGCGCCAGCCUCCACAAACAUGAAGCUUGUUCAAAUCCCUCAUUUUAAGGAGGUUAUCAUCAUGGCAACCAACUGUGAUGCGUGUGGACUACGCACCAAUGAGGUAAAAUCUGGAGGAGCUACAGAACAGCAGGGCACCAAGAUCACUCUUCACAUCACAGAUCCUUCUGACAUGACCAGAGACUUACUGAAGUCAGAGACAUGUGGCAUCCUCAUUCCUGAACUAGAGUUUGAGAUGGGGAUGGCAGCUCUGGGUGGCAAAUUUACUACGGUAGAGGGAAUCCUCACAGAUAUCAAAGACCUGAUUGUCUCCAAAAAUCCCUUCUUAUGUGGAGAUAGCUCCACUGCAGACCGGACACAGAAACUAAAAGAGUUUGGCCAGAAGAUUGACAAGAUCAUCGAAGGAAACCUCAAUGUCCAUUUAGUUCUUGAUGAUCCUACAGGGAACAGCUAUAUCCAGAACGUAUAUGCUCCAGACCCAGAUCCAGAGAUGACAACUGAAAAGUACAAUCGAACAUUUGAGCAGAAUGAAGACCUUGGUUUGAAUGAUAUGAAGACGGAAGGAUAUCAGGAGUGAAGACAGCUAAUGUUGAGAUACAUAUAUUUUACACUUAAACUUGAUGUUCAGACAGAUUGUUUUGGAUAUGAGUAUUAAAUAUGUACUUAAAAGGAAGGUACGUUUUGGUUUAAAGUCCCUUUGACAGUCAUGGUUAGUCAUGAAAUUACUGGAAAUGUUGAUGUUGGCAUUCUAUUGAAUGUGCUACUCCAGAGUCUUGUGUUGAAGAGAAUAAAUCAUAUAUACAUUA